AAAGAUAAAACUAAACCGAAAUACAAAAGAGUUCACACUUGAACUGCAAAAAUGUGUUUUAAACCAUCAGAUAUUAAUUAAAAAUUAUUAAUUGGAUGACACAAGUAAAUAAAAUUAUAACACUUUUCAAUUCAAUUUUAUUUACAUAGCCCAAUAUCAUAAAAGAAUUGCUUCAUUGGGCUUCAUGCCGGUAACUUUACAGAAGCAAAAAGUCAAUAAUGGAUUGCUAAACUAAACAGACUAAAUAAAAUGGGUUAUCCCUGUCUUUAGACCCUCCGUCCCGAUAAGGAAAAACUCCUAAAAAACCUGAAGAAACCUCAGGGAUGCCUACAUGAAAAAAAAAAAAAAAACUAAAAUAUAUUUUCAAAGGAUUAGCUUCAAAUCUUGAAGCAAAAAAGAACUUACAGACAGAAUUUCAGAAUAAAUGUUCGUAUAUGUUCAGUUCAUAAAUCUGAGCUUCUGCUAUGGAAAUUCCGGACAGCACAGGGUUAAUUUCCCCAGGCCUGCAACCCGGAUGCAGUCAUUCACAUACGUCUGACAGCAUCUGGUGUGCAGAGCCAUUUAAUUCCAUUCUCAUCCCUGCAAAGCCAAACGGGCAGCUCGGGGAGCCAACCGCAUUAAUCAUCUUGAAGCCAUCAGACCAAUUGCAGGGUGAGGGGGGAGGGAGCUUCCUGCAGGGAUCUCUUGUUUGCAGCAUCCCAAGAGCAGCCUCUGCUGUGUGAAAUACAAGAAAGGACAAGUCAGCGGGACUGGAUCCAAGGAGGCAGCCGGAAAACUGGAGGGGAAUCCCUCGGGGCCUGCCCGGAUUGGGUUUCUUUGAGGGAAGCAGCAGAGGAGGAGGAGGAGGAGGAGGGGCGGACACAGGAGCAAAUGUUGUCUCCUACAUGAAAUCUUCCCGCCAGCUCUGAACAUGCAUCAUGCAUGUUAAGGUCUUAUGGCAAAAGCACCUGUGGAAGGAUGCCUGUCGUGAUCAGGACCCAAACUAAUAACUGAGCAUCCCAUAAUCCGUUCACACUCGGACUGACAGCACAACGCUUCCAUCUGACCAUGGCGGCAAACGCUGCCCUCACAACCGGGAGCUUUCUUUCCACGACUGCCACAAACUCCACAGUCCCUUUGCUCCCAACGAGCUCCGGAGCCAGGGACAACGUCACUUCCAGAACUCUGAUGACUGUUACCAUAACAACCAACGAGACCAGCCUCAACACCACCGCGCUUCCAGAGGUGGUGAUUGAAGGCUCGGGCGUCGGAAUGCUGCUCGUACCGUUCGGCAUCCUCACAGUCAUUGGCUUAGCUGUGGCAAUAAUGCUGUAUGUUCGGAAACGAAAGCGAUUGGAGAAAUUAAGACACCAGCUGAUGCCGAUGUACAACUUUGACCCUGCUGAAGAACAGGAUGACCUGCUGGAACAGGAACUACUGGAUCACGGCCGGGAAGGAAGCCUCACAGGUCCCAACGCCAAGUUGUGACAGUGCUGUAAGACAAAUACGGUAACGUAUCACCCGUGUGUCUGUGGAACCAUUCCUCCUCAAGCUUUUGUCUCACUCUUCCCUUUCUUCUUUCAUGCUUUCGUCUUUAUUUUAAAGCCUCUAAAGCCGCCACAAGCUGGACUGAUGAAACCGAUUUAACCGUGCAUAUGUGGACAGAAUUAAACUGUAAAUCUUCCCCCAUUUCUGUUUAACUGGUCACUCCUUUUCGUCACGAUCCCUCUCAAUUCCUGCUCAGAACUUCGACUUCCAUUACAUAAUGAAAUCAUUUUAAGACAUUAACAUUGUGUUUUCUCAGUCAUUUUAUGUAUAUUGUAAAGAAAUCAAUUUAGAACUAAUGAUCUUUUAAUAUUUAUCAAUAAACAAAAUUAUAAAAUACUAAAAUGAUUUAUUUUUAAAGGAUUUAAAAGUACUAAAACACAUCUUGCUUAGGUAUUUGAUUCGUUGUGUACUGGUGUCACCAUAUUUAUACUCUGAUCUCCUCUACAGACUCUUACAACCUCUCAAGGGACGACACAGCGACCCAGUCGCCUGGUCUUCACAGACGUAGCCAAAGCUCUCAAUGCUUAGCAGUCCUCUUCCAUCCGCUGAGCUCCGCUUCCUUCCAAAGGGCUGCUGGCCUUAUGCAGAAACAGAAGAACACGCAGGAAAACCGGACUGUCGUUUCCUCACAAAUGAAGAAGUAUUUUUUUGUGUCACGGCACGUGAAAUGUCAGAGUUUACAGGGGACAAAGACCAGGAUGCAGUUGCAUCACAGGAGCACAAAAGGAAGUUCUUGCACUGUAAAAGGUUGUAAAAAAAAAAACGUAUCGCAGCACUUUUUUCUAAAACCAUCUUGUUUCACAGCUAAAAUAACUCGUCAGUACGAUUCUUCCUUCAUUCAUGUUUUACACCAGAGAUGUGUAAAUCUGUGUAGUGACUGUGGUUUUAAAUAUCUGGCAAACUUGAAUAUUUCUUGUGUUAGGAUUCUCAAACCAUCUGUUUUUCCUUUUCUUUUUUAAACUAGGAAUUAUAUUGUCUAUGAAAUCGACAUGAAUUAAAAGAGUCAAAACACCUU